AUUUUGAUAUUUUUUUCUUCAGAUAAUCGCACUUAUCUGCCGCAGUAGCAUUUUCUUAGCCCAGGAAUGAUGACAGCAGUCAUGGCCAAUGGAAAUUGGGAUCCAUCACUGUCACGCCUGCUGGCCUCGCUGGAGGAGUCGCGCCAGGAGCUGCCCUCCUCGGAGGAGGAGUUCGGCUUCCUGAGCUCGCUGCUGCAGUCGAGGGAGCUCCACGCGCUCGUCCAGGUGCAUAACAAGAUCCUCGACAACGGCCGCGACGACAACUUCCGGCCGGUGCUGUCCACGUCGAUGCAGGUCGCCCUGGAGACGCUCGAUGUCCUGCUGCCUCGCAUCAGUCUCAGUAACGACUGCAAACAGCUGUUUUUGCUGCUGCAGACACCGCAUUUGCAGGGCCUGCUAUGUGCACAUGACGCCGUGGCCCAGAAAGACUACUUCCCACGUCUGCCUGAAAUACCUCUCGAAGUCGACGAGGAUGAGGAAACAAUUAAGAUUGUUCAGCUAGUUAAGAGCAAUGAGCCACUGGGAGCGACAAUCAAGACAGACGAGGAGACGGGCAAAAUAGUGAUAGCGCGCGUGAUGCAUGGAGGUGCGGCCGAUCGGUCGGGGCUGAUUCAUGUCGGGGACGAGGUGGUCGAGGUCAACAACAUCAAUGUUGAGGGCAAAACGCCCAACGAUGUUCUCAAAAUACUGCAAGCUUCGGAGGGCACAAUAACGUUCAAGCUGAUACCAGCAGAGGGAAAAGGAGGCAUUCGAGAGAGCAAGGUGCGAGUGAGAGCGCAUUUCGAUUACUCAGCCUAUGGCGAUCCCUACAUCCCCUGCAAAGAGGCGGGAUUGGACUUUGUCAAGGGCGAUGUACUACAUAUUGUCAGCCAGGAUGAUGCCUACUGGUGGCAAGCUCGUAAAGAAGGAGACAGAGAUAUGCGAGCCGGCUUGAUUCCUAGCCGAGCCCUGCAAGAGAGAAGGGUGAUGCAUGAACGGGCCCAAGAAGACAAACCCACAAAAGAAGAAGACGGGGUGAUGAUUAGUUGUGUGAACACUGAACCCCGCCUGGGUCUAAGUCUGGACGCCUGCUACCCGGGUUUACCCCUUCCCCCCCUCACGGUGCACCUGCCCCUGUCCCCCUGCACUCUCCCAGAUGAGGAGGGCAUCGCCGUCUCCGACUGCCAGUCCAAGAACACCAAGACCAAGAAGAUCAUCUAUGACGCUGAGGAGCGUGAGGACUUUGACCGCGAGGAGAUACCCACUUAUGAAGAGGUGGCCAAACUAUACCCGAGAGUGGGGCUACCGCGCCCCAUCGUCCUGAUUGGUCCCCCGGGAGUGGGUCGCAACGAACUGAAGCGCCGCUUGAUCGCUACCGAUCCCGACAAAUUUCGCACCCCAAUUCCAUCGGUUCACCUUGUGAUGACCAACGUGUCUGUGGCUUUGAGGAUGGUGAGAACACCUCAGCUAAAACCUUACAUAAUCUACAUAAAGCCUCCCGAUUUUGAAGGCUUAAAAGAAACAAGAAACACUGCAUUUGCUCGUUCAACAUUUGAUGAGAAUAAUUCGAGAGGAUUUACGGACGACGAAUUCCACGACAUAAUCCACAGCAGCAAACGAAUCGAGUUCCUUUACAGCCACUUGUUCGACGAGACCAUAGUGAACGCAGACCUUUCGUCGGCUUUCGAGCAACUGGUCUGUGCGGUCAGUCGCGUCGAAACGGAACCGCUCUGGGUACCUGCCUCCUGGGUACAGUGAGCUGCCUAUCUUCAGUCUAAAGAUCUGGUCAUCAUAAUCGGCAUCUUGUGGAAAAUGGUGAAUUAUCUGAAUGCAUCACAAAGAACAUUGGGAUUGCAGAAGAUAGCAUCGCGCUUAUUUCGCGUCUCAAGCUUUAUUUCAGCUUCUCAAAAAGCAACCAAACGGAUAGGAUGGUUAUAAGCGGCUCCGUAGUUAUUAGCACUGAGCUAGAUUGAGAGCAUCUGAAGAAAGCGCUAGACAAGGGUUCCGUCUAAUUUUCGACAGGCUGGUGGUGAGUUGAGAUGAUUUUCAACCAAUAUUCAAGUACUGUUCAACUUUGUUAGGUUGGCAGUAAACUGAGGACAAUGCAUUGAAAUUACAUUAUUUUGUAACAAACGAGACGAACCGCUACUGUCUAAAUCAGAGCCAUCUCCUGUUAGUUAUUUAGCUCAGUGGUUAUUAGCAUCUUGCUACUGCCGUAAUACUUACAUUUUGUAUAAUAUUGUUGAAAAUCUGUUCACUUUCCUACUGUUGUAAUAUUUGUUGUUGUUGUUAAUUGUUUGUAUUUAAUGCGCUUGCUUUUAAUAACAUAACUAUAAAAUUAUUCAGUUUUUGUAAUGUAUCCUGUUGUAACGUGUUUUUAUAAUAACGGUUAUUAUUGUAGGUUUUUGAAUCUGAUAACUAAUGUGUGCGACCUUGAAGCAAACAGAACCUAGCAUUUCGAUCGGGUAACUAGUUGCAAUACUAGAACUAUAAUAUAACAAUACUAGUUACUACUCAAACAGUUUCUAGUUUUUCUCUGGAAAACGUUCAACUCUAAUAUAGGUCCCAAGCAUAGUUAUUGUCCUGUGAUAAGUAAUAGAUUAUAAUAUUGAAAGUAAUAGUUAGCUGUAAAAUUAUUAUUGAAGCGCUGGGUAAAAUGGUGGUAUUGUUUGGUGUUGUCACAUUCAUUAGAUAAAGCUUUGGAGUUGUCCUUGUGAAGAUUUUUUAGGAUUGUUAAAGUUUCAAUUCGUUUGGUUUUAUUCUCUGGCUAGUUUUAGAGACGUUUUAUUGUUUGACGAAUGUUCAACAAUAAAUGGCAAACUUGCUGGUGAAAUUUCUUGUGAAGAAAUUUAUUGAUUUUGCAGGAAAAUAAACUAUUCCCUCUUAGAAUCAAUUACCGUAUUGGAAAUUAUGAAACGAUAAUGGUAGGCUAACUCGCGUUUUUCUGAAAUUAUCACAAUUUCAGAAAAAUGAAUUUCUCCUACUCAGAAUCAUUAAAAACCUAUCGAAUCAGUAUCAAUAUUAUAUCAGAGUCAUCUCUGAAUAUGAAUAAUUUCAUGGCAACUUUUCUUUUAUAACAAUACCAUUUUUAUUUCUCGUAUUUUUCUCUUAACUCGAAUCAUUGAAUCACGCUUAUACUCAGAUUGAUAACAGUUCAUAUUAAACGUGAUAUUAUAAAUUUUGUUACUUAUCAUUAAAAUAAAUAGCCUAUUUAUUUAUUGAUGAAUUGCAUUAACUGGAUUACCUAGAGCUUUUGCCAAAUAUCUCACUAUAAAAGGAAUAUUCUAUCGAUAAGAUUGUACUAUAAUUAUGUAUUUGAUAAUAAAUCAAUAUCACCAAACAAAAUUUCUAUGGAUUGAUCAUGUCUCCAAAUAUGUUACAAUAUCAAAAUAUCUACUCUAAUGUCAAGUUUUGAAAAUUUGUCAUUCACUGUUCGACAAUCACAACCAAUCUAGGUGUUAUGAGACAAACAUAAUGUAUAGGAAAAAAUAUAUUUAUUUUUUCAAUUCAACUUUCAAGUAAAAUCUGCUGAAUGAUCUAGCCCCAUUCACAAUUGCAGAAGAAUUCAGCUUUUUCAGUCAAUUCGAUAGCAUGCGUAAAAUUGAUGACAACAUAAAAGUUGAAUAAGAAAACGAAAUUUGUAUUUAUUUUGAAUUCUAA